GUAAUUUUAGUCAGGAGUGUUCGCGGUCAGCCCCUCGUGUUACCGUUGGGGGUCCUGACUGCGCUGCUGUGUGCAGUUCAUCAUGGCGGCGAACAGUAGCGACAGCACGAGCGGUAAAAGCGGCGGAAAGCAGUCCGCUCCGUCUGCUGAGCAGGUGGUGGCUACUUUCCAGAGGAUGCGACAAGAGCAGCGCAGCAUGGCCUCCAAGUCUGCAGAGUUUGAGAUGGAGAUCAAUGAACACAGCCUCGUCAUUGACACGCUGAAGGAAGUCGAUCCGUCGCGGAAGUGCUUUCGUUUAGUUGGCGGCGUGCUGGUGGAGAGGACGGUCAGAGAAGUCCUGCCUGCGUUAGAAAGCAAUAAAGAACAGAUUACAAAGAUCGUGGAGUCGCUUAACACGCAGAUGCAGGCCAAAGGGCGGGAGCUGACGGAGUACCGCGAGCGCUACAACAUCCGCUUAGUCGGAGAGGACGACAAACCGGGCAAAGCGGACGCCAGUCAGGCCAAAGAGAGCGAAGGAGGAGGCUCUAAAGGAGGCGCCGGGGUGCUCGUCUCCUAGUGGAUCUGUCUGAUACGCUGAUUAGAAAUCGUCGGCAUGCUUCUGUUUAGUCGUACAGAUGCCGGUCACAAAGCACGAAAGAGAGUGAAAGUACUGCACGUUUUGUACGUUCAUAAUAUUAAAACACAUCUCACAACAGCACCUUUCCUGUCCAAACAUUUACAGACGAACGAGUAAUAAAGAGUCGACAAACGUGUCUAACCGCACUGCGUGAAUUCACCAGAUUCAGAACGGUUUGAGUGGCUUGGCUUUCUCUUUCUUCUGCUUUGGGCAGAUGUAGUGUUGAGUGAUGUCUGGAGCGGAGUGAGUGUUGAGCGCAGCUGGACUCCGUCGCUUAUCACCACUGUACGCCUGAGGACGGAGCCUUUUAUGUUCGUUUUGUUUUUGUGGUUGUUUUGGUUAUUGAAUUAAAAAUGCAUAAGUCAGCACGA